AUGGCGGCGCAAAGAGGAGCAAACGGUGUCGAGAAGAAGAAGAGGUCGAAGAAGAGAAGAACGAGGACCGAAGUCUCAUCAUCGAGCGAAAGUGACAGCGAUGUCUCAAGCCCAAGGAGCCGAAAGGUGGCUGCGGUAGAAGAAGAGACCAAGGAGACUUCACCAGCCCCAACACCCACCAAGAAGGAGAAGAAGAAGUCUAAAACUGGCAGCGCACCGGAUGCUCAGCCAGAUGAAGAUGUUGCUAUGACGGAUGCACCAGCUCCCAUACAACCAGCAAAAGCAGCGUCAAAGGCCAGCAAACAGGCCCAAGAGGAGUUCAGCGCCAUUUAUCUGCGCAAAGUCGCAGCUGAGUUCGCUGAUGAUCUGGACAAAGUUCGUGAAGCGCAAGACUUCAAAGCGAGUAGCGUGCCAAUGCUUAUUCAUGCGCUCAAGCAAGGCGAAAGUCUGUUCAGUGUAGAAGAAAGAAGAAGGGUCGUUGGGGCCGCAAACGCGUAG